AUGAAAAAAAGGCAUCUUAGGAAAAUAGAUCCUAAAGGAAUAUCUGUUAUUCAAAAUAAUAAUGAAGUUCAACAGGUCUCUGUGUCAGAAUCAGAGUUCCAAAGGAUGCGCAUGUUUCAUCAAAUAUAUGUAAACAAAACGUUUGAAUCUUUCUACUUAGUUCAAUAUAAUCUCUUUAAGAAUCUAUACAUACAAGAUCAUCUACCAAACAUUUCUGUCAAUAAUAAAACAAAAAGAUGGAAUGAGAACUUGCCUCUGAUUCCAGUCAUCAGGCUUGACUUUUCUUUAUUAACAUCGGAUAAAAGAUCAGAGAUGUUAGAAAAGAACUUGAUUCAAGUAUUACAAUCAAUUGAAAAGCAAUAUGGCAUUGACAUAGUAAAUGAUAAUGUUAAGAGUGUCACUUUUAAAUUAAUUAAGUUACUAGCUGACGAUAAUGAAAAUAAGUAUAGACAAGUGGUAAUUCUCAUAGACAAAUAUGAUUCACUAUUAUUAAAUGUCAUUGGUAUUAUGAAAAAAAGCACAAAAUUGCAAAUAACAACACAGCGUACUAAAGAUUUUUUUGAAGUAAUUAAGGCACUGCAAAGUAAAGUUAAAUUUCUUUUCAUUACGGGUAUAAUAAUGUUUAUACAUUUAGAUUUAUUUUCAGGAUUAAAUAAUCUUAAGGAUGUAACGUUAAGUAAUAAAUUAUCUAGAGUAUAUAGUUUCACAAGUGAUGAGAUAACAAAAGUGUUUGAAGAUAAAUUAUUAAAUCUCUGCAAAUCAAAUCACUAUAAUAAUAUACAAGAUGUUAUGAAUAAAUUUCAGAAAAAAUACAAUGGUUAUUUUUGA